UCACCGCGCAGGCGCAAAUCCUGGGCGGCCUCACACAUGGGACAGCCCGGCCGGUUUGUUUAUAACUGCCCCGUGCCCUCAUUUCAUCACACCGGCUCCCAGACUCCGCGCUGUACGCAUCGUGUGGAUCUCAAACUCUGCGAGCUAGUAUCAGCAAGCGGUGUAUGUACGCCUUGUUUGCCGCCUGAGAACCAGAGCACCUGCGUUCCACACCUGUGGUGCUGUCUACCUGUGCAAGAAUCUCUCUACCAGUGACGUUUAAUUCAACCGAUAUAUCGGUAAGACUGCGUCGCCAGCCCACGGUCACACCGUACCGAGAGUUGUACCCGGCUUUGACCGUCCCACGGGCUGCCUUGGACCGGCACCAGCUACACAUCGACCCCGACUCCACGUUUCGACGGCGUGCCAACGUCCCCACAUGUGCUGAAUCGCUGUCAUGGCACCCAGCAUAACCUACAGUCGAGAGUGCGCUUACAGGUUCCAGCCUUACCCGACCAGCCCAAUGUCUUACUACGAGUGCGACUCAAGUGUGAAGAUGAUGUCAGACUAUCAGUUUGAAGAGGAAGCGAAGGACCUGGAAGAGGCGUGUCCCGUGUGCGGGGACAAGGUGUCGGGUUACCACUACGGGCUCCUGACCUGCGAGAGCUGCAAGGGAUUCUUCAAGCGCACGGUCCAGAACAACAAGCAGUACACCUGCAUCGAGAACCAGAACUGUGUCAUCGACAAGACACAGAGGAAACGCUGCCCCUACUGCCGCUUCCAGAAGUGUCUGCAAGUCGGCAUGAAACUGGAAGCUGUGCGCACAGACAGGAUGCGUGGAGGCAGGAACAAGUUCGGCCCCAUGUACAAACGCGACCGUGCCAUCAAGCAGCAGAGAAAAGCCAUGAUGGCUCGCACAAAGUCCGAGGCCACCCUGUACCAGCCCAUGCCCAACUGCCAGUACCAGACCAACGUCAACUCCGCCGUGCAAAACAUCCACGCCGCGGCCAAGGGCAUCCCCAUGUCACCCAUGUCGACGCUGUCGCCUUCGUCCCAGCCCAGCACCGUGUCCAGCAGCUACCCUCCCAUCAUCCCCCCAGUUACUGCUACGAACUUUUACAGCUCCCCGAUCACGUCUACCAUGGAGAGGCUGCCCAUGAACUUCCACCCAGGGAGCUCGUACAUCAACCACGGGAUGAAGCCGCACGCGUCGUACCCGCAAAACUUCGCCAUGAAGCCGGAGAAGGACGUCUUCAACGACCAGCCCUCCUCCUGCCAACAGGAAAGCGCUACCUCAGUCAGAUCGUCACCUCCCACCACCCCGCCCAACAACCACCUCCACAGCCAGACGGACAAAGAACUCAGGCUGUCCCCCGACCGCAUGUCGGCGGCUCCGGCCGGUAACGAGCGGCCCAGAACUGUUCCCAAGCUCAUGCAGGAGCUGCUGCAGUGCGAGCCCGACCAGAAGGUCCUGAGGCAGAAGCUGCUGGAGACGGUGGAGGACCAGAUGAGGCAAGGCGAGGAGCCCAACAGUUUUGUCAUGCUGUGCAAGCUAGCCGACCGAAGCCUGGUCUCCACUGUGGAGUGGGCCAAGAACAAUGCCAUGUUCAGCCAACUGGAGGUUGAAGACCAGAUGGCUCUACUACAGAACUGCUGGAGCGAGCUGCUAGUUCUUGAGCAUCUCUACCGGCGAGCAGUCAGCGGGAAGGAUUGUCUGAUGACGUCCCAGGGACAGGAGAUCAACAUGUCACUCAUCCCGUCCCUCGGGUUCGGGCCCAUGGACUGCACCGCCGAGGUGGCGGCCAAGCUGCGAGAAGCCAAGGUCGACUACCUGGAGUACAUGUGCCUCAAGUUCCUCAUCCUCUUCAACACUGAUGUGAAGGGGCUGGUGAACCGCUCCAUGCUGGAGAAGUUCCAGGAGCAGAUCAACGUGGCCCUGCUGGACUACACCCUCUGCAACUACCCCGAGCAGAACGACCGCUUCGGACAGCUCCUCCUGCGCCUGCCCGAGAUCCGCCUCAUCGCCGUGCAGGCCGAGGAGCUCAUGUACCUCAAGCACCUCAACGGGAUCCUGCCGUCCGCCACCCUGCUCAUGGAGAUGCUGCACGCCAAGCGGCAGUGAUCUAACCACGGAGAAGGAAAGAGAGAGAUAAGGGGACGUUCAAGACAAUAUCGGACUGCACAAUCUUGCAACAACACUCUUCUCCGGCAGAAGUGCUUGAGAGACACAGACGAAAAUUGGCUGGACAUUCGGGCGCCCGUUCAGGGGUGACGUCUCAUGUAGCGAACACGAUUUCUGGGCAUGCUUAUACAGUGAAAGGACUGGAAAGCCACGGUUCUGUGAUUGACUUGACAGCUCAGAUGCACAAACUCUCAGCAGGGCAGUAUUUUACACUGUUUUACCUACAUGUAGUCAAUCAGGGCGCAUACAAUAACAGUCAACAUCUGCCUGUAUGAACAUUACGAGUUGUUUUGUGUUGGUUAAUUUUGCAACUGUCCUGAUCGAACAGAUUCAAUUCCACAUACAUUGUGAAAUGCAUCACCAGACAUACCAAAAACAUUAUGUCAAAGGCAAGAAUGGGUAUCAGCUGUUACGAUGUUCAGAUAUUGAAGCUUUUUAAUGAGCUUUGAGUCUCUUCAAUAUUUUCAUUGCACUCAUAAAUAAUAAUGCAACUGAACGAUUGUAUUCUGAUUGUCUUCAUUAGCAGUAAUAAGAUGUUAUAAUUAGUGUUAUUUUUCUGAACGUUAGAAAUGGUCAGCAUGCCAGUAGUCAAUGAAUGCUGGUUCCAAAUAAACUGGGUAUGCCAACAUCAGGGUACACUUAGAAUUUGUACAUACAAUAGCCACACCCUUGUGACAUAUGUUAAGCAUACAGAGAUACAUGACAUUGUACACUAUCAAGUCAGUAUUCACAGUUUGUAUUUGAGCAAUCCGUCUGAUGGACAGGGUUCCCAAUUCAGGGUUGUUGUAAAGAAGAAAACAUUCUCGCUCACUCAUACACACGCAUGCUUCCAACCAAGUUUCAUGGUAUCAGUAUACAACAUACAGCAGCACAAUGUUAAAUGGCAAUGUUAAAAUGAUUAUGUGAAUGAUUACGUCAGUUUAAGUAUUUUACAGCUGCGAAAAAAGCAGUCUAUAAGAUUUUACUGUGGUGUGCAUUAUAUAAUAAAAGGAACAGGGUUGUGUUGUUAAAAAGACUGACCAAUUUUAGAAAUUGCUCAGUGGAAUUGUAUGGAUCGACAACAUGAUCUAUUCAGGAUGUAAUAUAAUAUAUAUAAAUAUAUACAUGUAGUGGACUUAAGCACUUACAGAAGUACCAUAUUUUCAUGAUGAUGACAGCUCGCACACCCAAUGUCCAGUACAAUCUUCACCUCUUGCCACAAGUGACCUUAAAAAUUGUUAGUCCAACAUCAAUUCAAGCCAGUCUACAUGUGAGUAAUGCUUCAUCUGAAAAAAAGUAAUUGAAAUCUAUUAUUAUAGUGUUUUUGGACCAAAAAGAGUUGUUCUGUACUUAGACAUAAUUGUUCUUUUUUUUUUGGAUUUAUUGCAAAGGUGAAUUUUGAUUAAGCUAUAUGACCAAUGUUUUGCUUAGGUAUUAGUAAUUAUGACAUUGAUGGGUGGUGUGGUUUGUGUUUGCUUUUAAAUUGUACAUUUGGAGUCAUUUGCUGCAACUCUUGAUGUUUUCCUCAACAAAUUUUUACUACAACGGAACAAAAAGACACUUGAAUGUGAACCGUAAAUGUCGAAAUAAACAAGAUGUUCUAAUACGGAAAGUAAAAGAAAUAUAGAAAUUUGAUCACGAGAAGAUACGAUCAGGAUUUGCAGUCAAUGUCGGGUGAAGAAGGUAAAAAUAACUGUGAAAAAAACAAAAAAUAAAAAUAUCCAGUAACAAAACACAUUCAUAUAAUGCCUAAGUAUCAUGAUUACAUGUUGAAUGCUAAAAGUGGUCUGGAACUGAUUCUGUUUUAGUACUGCUUGCAAAGCAACUGAAUGACACGAGUGAUUGCUUAAAAAGUAAUUGAUGAUGCAAUAUUGGCAUAGGCUAAAACCACAGAAAAGGCUUCGACUCUAUAGCGAAUCAGUGUCAGAAAAACUCUGUCUGUGACACAGGAAUGGAAAAUUUAACUCAGUCCGUUCAUCCUUGUUCCGUAGCACGUAUUUCUAUUAUUCAAGACAACUUUUACAUACCAUAGUGUACAUAUAUACAUACUAUAUAUACUGUAUGAAGUCAAAAUUACGUGCAAUGUAAAAAAAAAGAUUUAAAGGUUGAUGAUUUUAAGUGGUGGAUGCAUCUUUUGGUCCAGUGGGUAAGACAGUUUUCACUAGGGUAGGACGAAGAAAGUUUUACUUGUAAAUUUUUUGUCUUUGAGAAGGGUAUAAGUUGUGGGUUGAGUGUAUACAAGCCUUUAAGAAUGGAGCCCUUCUGAGGCUUAAACCUGUACUCGAGUCUUUAUAGUGCUUUUAUAAUCAUGCAAAUCACCAUUGGAAGAUAAUAAAUUGAUGUAUACUUA